AGGGAGGAGUGUCUGCGCACCGUGGAGUGCUACGACCCGCAGAAGGACACGUGGACGUUCCUGGCGCCCAUGAGGACGCCGAGGGCUCGGUUCCAGAUGGCAGUGCUGAUGGGGCAGCUGUAUGUUGUGGGUGGGUCAAACGGUCACUCGGAUGACCUGAGCUGUGGAGAGAUGUACGAGCCAGAGAUCGAUGACUGGACUCCUGUGCCAGAGCUGCGAACCAACCGCUGCAACGCAGGAGUGUGUGCCCUGAACGGAAAACUCUACAUUGUGGGUGGCUCUGAUCCUUACGGCCAGAAGGGACUUAAGAACUGUGAUGUGUUUGAUCCCGUAACGAAGUCCUGGACGAGCUGUGCUCCCCUUAACAUCCGGAGACACCAGUCAGCAGUGUGUGAGCUGGGUGGGUACCUGUACAUCAUCGGUGGGGCAGAGUCCUGGAACUGCCUGAACAGCGUGGAGCGCUACAACCCCGAGAACAACACGUGGACGCUGAUGGCGCCGAUGAACGUGGCACGGCGCGGCGCCGGCGUGGCCGUGCGGGACGGGAAGCUGUUUGUCAGCGGAGGCUUCGACGGCUCUCACGCCGUGAGCUGCAUGGAGAUGUACGACCCUGCCAGGAACGAGUGGAGGAUGAUGGGCAGCAUGACCACCCCGCGCAGCAACGCCGGCAUCACCACCGUGGCCAACACCAUCUACGCCGUGGGCGGCUUCGACGGCAACGACUUCCUCAACACCGUCGAGGUCUACAACCCUGAGUCCAACGAGUGGAGCCCCUACACCAAAAUCUACACCUUCUGA